UCGGAGGGAGGCCAGCUCAGGGCCGUGGAGUGGGGCUGCCUGGGAGGGCUGCCCCCUCAAGAUGGAGGCUGAGACCCCGCCAGCUGAGCACAGACCCUGUGCGGGUGGACUAGAGCCCCGCUGCCGAUGGGUGCGUUCUCAGAGCUGCUGGCGGCACCCAGGAGCUCCUUCAUAACCGCCCCUCCCCGCCCCAGGACUCCAGCACCCUGCCAGGCUGCUGGCGGACACUGUGGCUUGAGAGCCCUGGGGGGCCAGCCAGCUGGCCUGGCUGCUCUGGGUUUUCCCUCCCGCCCUGCAGAGAAGAGGGACAGGCGGAGGAGCCUGUGCCACAGUCCGCUGGGCUGAGCCCCAAGUGCAAGGCACCUGUGAAUCCACUGCUGAGUCAUUUCCAUUCGCGGCCUCCCCUGCCCGCUCCCCGGGCGUUGCUUGCUGCUGUUCGUAAAGGGGCAAAGGGCGGGAGUGCCUGGGAAUAAGCUCGGGUGGCCAGGAUCUUUGGGGGUGGAGAUGGACGUGGGAGGGGAGGAGUAAUGAGGCCACAGGCUGGGACUGAAAAGGUGACUGGGGCCAGACUGUGAGGCGCCCUAAAUCCGCGGCAUGCACUCUAAGGGUGUCACCAUGUGGAAGUGGGGAGCCCCGGGAGGUUCGGGAGCCGAGGAAGGGUCAGCUUCCAGCAGAGUGUCCAGUUAGCCUCCCUGGAGACUGGCUGUGAUCAUUUCUCUUGCAAAGCCCGGCAGACAGGACUGGAUGAGUGCCGGGCCCUUUGACUCUGCUCAGGUCAGGGGUCGAAUCUCUAGGGCCAGCCGUAGUCUCCAAGGGCCCGGAGAGGCUCCCAGGCUUGCGGCUGCUGGCGCGGUAGAGACCCUGCGGCGACCCCGAGCGCUACGGCGCCUGCGACGCGGAGCGCGACCGCCAGAUGUCGCUGUGGCGCCCCCGCGCGGCCCUGCGCUCCGCCCGCCUCAGGAAGGCGCCUGCGGCGGGUCGGAACCGACCACGGAGGCCACGGGGGAGCCCGCGACGGGGGGCGGGGCUGAGGCCUACAAUACUGGCGGCCCCAGGCGCGUUCUCCCCUCAGUCGGCUACGUGAGGUGGUUCGGUCCGGCCGUGCGGCGCUCGCCGGUUCCGGGACUGGCGGCGCGGGCAGCGGCGGACCGCGCACCGGCGAGCACCGGCGUCUCGGGCUCCGUCGCGAUGCUGGGACUGCUCGUGCCGCUGCUGGGCCUAGCGCUCGCCUACUUCGCGCUGCUGGACGGGUGGUACCUGGUGCGUCUGCCGUGCGCCGUGCUGCACGCUCGCCUGCUGCAGCCGCGCGUCCGCGACCUGCUGGCGGAGCAGCGCUACGCGGGCCGCGUUCUGCCCUCGGACUUGGACCUGCUGCUGCACAUGAACAACGCGCGCUACCUGCGGGAGGCUGAUGUGGCGCGUACCGUGCACCUAGUCCGCUGCGGCGUGCUCGAGGCGCUGCGCGCGCUCGGGGGGCACACCGUGCUGGCUGCUUCCUGCGCGCGCUACCGCCGCUCGCUGCGCUUGCUGGAGCCCUUCGAGGUGCGCACCCGCCUGCUAGGCUGGGAUGACCGCGCCUUCUACCUGGAGGCGCGCUUCAUCAGCCUGCGCGACGGCUUCGUGUGCGCGCUGCUGCGCUCCCGCCAGCACGUGCUGGGCACCUCUCCGGAGCGUAUUGUGCAGCACCUGUGCAAGCGCAAGGUGGAGCCUCCCGAGCUGCCCGAAGACCUGCGGCACUGGAUCGCCUACAACGAGGCCAGCAGCCAGCUCCUCCGGGCCGAGAGCGGGCUCAGCGACGUUGUCAAGGACCAGUGACCGCCCCUCCCCCCAGCCAGCCUCUGCCUGGGGAGGUGCCUGCUCAUCCCUGCCUGCCAGGGGGCAGAGAGGCAGGUUGGGCUGGCCAGGACAGGCUCUCCCUCGGAGCUGGCAUGGCCUUGUGACCGCCUAGCCCCCCUUCCCCGGCUCAGCCCCCUGCCGCUCCCCCAUUAGUGACGCCCUCUGUGACCCACACCUCACUGAGCAUGGGAUGGGGUGACCUGGGCGCCCUGACCCAUGUCUGCCCUCUGGGUGGAGACGAGGUGGGGGGCCCGAGGCCCUUGGCAGGCAGGCUGUGGGGGCGGUUGGGGAGCCAGGCUUUCAGGGGCUCCUUGGAGCACAGGGACCAUCUGGAGGGCCCUGAGCACCCGCAUCUCAGGGCGCUCCCUCGGGCUGCAGGCUGGGGGGCGGGGCCCGCAGGACAGGUCAGAGGCCUGGGAGGCUGACUGAAGGGUGCUUGGCGGGGGCCUGCGGGGGAGGGGGGGGCACUGGGCUCCUGCGGGGGUGGUGAGCCUCCCGUAGCUGUGGGGCGACCGAGUCGGGACCUGCCACUCAGGAGAGAGCAAAGCAGGGCAUGGGACUCUGCCCGGGUGCCCUGGGCACCCUGCCCUCUGUCUGCACACCCGCAGGGCUGCGCCACGUGACCUCGGGUGCACCCUACCCUCUCUGGCCCCCCCUCUGGGCUGCCCUUGCCUCACAUCCCGGCCUGCCGAUGGUUUGGGGGGGCCACCUCUCCAGAUGGGAGGGGUCUUCUUGGCCUUGUCCCAGUGGCCCAUUCUGGCCGCUGCUCUCAGGGCUGGGACACUGGCCGAGGCCGCCCGCUGCAGCCUGGCACCUCACCUGUCAGCCGGGAGCAGGGAGGCCUGGGAAGGGGCGGGAACUGGCCGAGAGCCUGGGAGGCACCCAGCGGGGAGGCCACAGCCCAGGCUCUGCCUCACGGCCGCAGCUCCCUGGUGGGCUGGCUAGUGACACGGGUCAGGGCCCUGGGUGUGCGACUGCUACUCCCAGAACUGCCUCCUUGCAGCCUCCUCCAGGAAGCCCUCCGCCAGUGAGAGCCAGGAGCAGAGCAACACCUGACUCCACCCCCUCCGCCCCCCCACCUCACCCCCCCGCCUGCCUCCAGCCGCCACUGGAGAGCCGCACUGUCUGUUUCUCGUGCAGAACGCUCACGAUUAAAGGGCCUGAACUGUGA